CAUUCAUUUCUAUUGAUUUCUAAGUCUAUUCCAGCCAUGAGCCACCUUUGCAAUAUAUGGCACAUGAACACAUGCCCAAGGGCAAGUCGUCCACCAUGGUAACACCACUGGGUCAUCCAAAUGAUUGGGUCCAUCAGACGGUUCUCGUCAACCAGCGGCUCCCCAGUUUCAAGAUCUUCAUCAGUUGUUACUGACAGAGUAAAAGAUUUGGUCUUGAAAGGGCAAUAUGUCCAAGCCCUUCACCUCUACAAGGAACAACUUCAUCCCCAUGGAAACUCUUGUGCCGCCUCCAUUCUUCCCUCACUCAUCAAAGCUUCUUCCCGUGCCGAAAACCAACUUAUGGGUCUUCAGCUUCACUGCCUUGUCCUCAAAACAGCCGCUGGUCUGGACCCCGUUGUGUCCAAUUCCCUCAUCUCCAUGUAUGCCAAGUUUUCAGAGGUCCAAUGCGCCCGCAAACUGUUCGACACAAUGCCUCGGAGGGACAGCAUCAGUUGGAACUCAAUGGUAAAUUGUUAUACCCAAAAUGGGUAUUACCUGGAGUCAAUGCAACUGUUUAGGCAGAUGUAUUUGCAUGGUUUUCCAGCGAAACCCGAGUUGGUUGCAAGCGUGCUUUCUAGUUGUUCCAGGAAUAGAGAUUUUGGGCUGGGAAGGGAGAUUCAUGCUGUUGCAGUCGUCAAUGGAUGGAUGGAGGAAUCCGUUUUCUUGCCAACAGCAUUGCUUCCCUUGUACCUGCGGUCUCGUGACACCUUGAUGGCUUUUCGGGUUUUCGACGGAAUGGAGAUGAAAAAUGAGGUUUCUUGGACUGCCAUGAUUACUGGAUGCGUCGCAAAUCAGAGCUAUAACACUGCACUGCAUUGUUUUCGAGCAAUGCAGGCUGCAGGAGUUAAGCCCAACAGAGUAACACUGGUUGCCCUUCUACCACUUUGCGCCGAGCUCAGUUGCAUUAAGCAUGGGAAACAGAUUCAUGGUUAUGCUUUUCGUCAUGGGUUCGAUUCAGAAGUUCGAAUAUCUUCAGCUCUCCUGCACACGUAUGGCAAAUGUGGAGAAUCAUUACGUGCUAUCCAGCAAAUCUUUGAGAGAACAAGAGAUAAAGAUGUGGUGAUGUGGAGUUCAAUAAUAGCAAGCUAUUCUCAAAGGGAGGAUGCUGCUGAAGAAGCCAUAAAACUUUUCCAUCAAAUGCAGAUGCAGGGGCUUCAACCAAAUCAUGUCACACUGCUGGCUGUGGUCUCUGCCUGCACCACUUUGUCUUCAGUAAGCCAUGGACGUGGCUGUCAUGGGUUUAUCCUCAAAUCUAGCUUGCUUUCUGACUUGCUCAUUGUUAACUCUCUUCUAAAUAUGUAUGCAAAAUGUGGCUGUCUGCUUGAGGCUACUCAAGUUUUCGUAGAAAUGUCGAUGAGGGAUAAUUUUUCAUGGAGUACUCUUAUUAGUGCCUAUGGUCUUCUUGGCCAUGGCCAGGAAGCUCUGCAACUAUUCCGGGAGAUGCAGGAGGGAGGAUUGGAGCCUGAUGCAAUCACAAUCCUUGCAGUUUUAACGGCCUGCAACUAUGCUGGCCUCGUCGACGAGGGACGAAAACUCUUUGAUAAAGCCAUCGAGGAUAAGAAAAUUUCACUCGGGAUAGAGCAUUACGCUUGCCACAUUGAUCUUCUGGGGCGGACAGGGAGACUUGAAGAUGCUUGUGAGGUUGUGAGCAGAAUGCCGAUGGAGCCUAGCAUGAAGAUUUGGAGCUCUUUGAUCUCAGCUUGUAAGGUUCACGGAAGACUGGAUGUUGCAGAGAUGUUGGCACUUGAGCUGGUUAAACUAGACCCUGAGGACGCAGCCAACUAUGCAUUGUUAAGUACGGUUUAUGCCGAGGCUGGUAAUUGGUCUGGGGUGGAGGAAUUAAGGAAAUGCAUGAAAGGAAAGGGAUUAAGAAAGACCUAUGGCUACAGCCGAAUUCAGCUGGAAGCUGGAACAUGAGGUUUCUUUGCAAAUUGGCUGGGGUUACAGGUGUGAUUUCGGCUGGCUGUGUUAACCGCAUCUUUUGGUGUAACUGAUUAUUCCUUACCUCAAGACCAAGUUAGUUGUUGGUCUGUAAAAAUUAUGACAGGUGUACUUGAAGCUAUUCUUAUAAUAAGAUCGCAUUUGGUAGAAUUAUUAUGUGAAA